AUGAGAAUUCUCUCAAAAAGUAACAAAAGCAACAAUAAUACUGUCUCUGAUUUCGAAGAAAAAGAACAAGAACAAAACGAAACGCGUCAUGGUGAUAUAAAAGAUUUGGGAAAGAAAGACGGUCCUAAGUCUAGUUCUACACCAGCCGUUGUAACUGAAAGCGAAUCACGGCCGCGAUUUAGACUCUUUGGAGGGAAACCGGUCGCUGCGACAAAUAAAAAUAGCAGUAAUAACGAUAGUAAUGGUAAUUUGACUAAUUCUGUAUCUACAGUCAGCAAAACACCGACAAAUCCUCCAACAACUCCAUACGUCAAGAAAACUAGGAAACUGCUAGAAUUAGAAGUUGAGAACCACAAAAAAUUGACAUCGAAAAAUGAGAAACAAGAUGAAAUUUCACAGGAUGAAAUUGAUCUUUUAAUACUUGAAGAAUUAUCAGGUCAGAAUGAAGAUAAUGCUGAUUCCAAAAAGGAUUUCUCCGUUAAAAAUUCAUUAACAGAAACAAUAGAUUCAAAACACAAAAGAAUACCAAGAGACGAAAAGAGCCUAGAUAAAAAUGAUUAUAUGUUAAAGAAAAAAAGGGCACGUUCUUCAUUUCCGGAACUCGACAUUUCCGACCUUGAUAUUCCUGAUAUUCCACCAACUUCCACUAUUAGCGUCCCAGCCAUUCCUUCAUACAGCACCAACAACAAGAACACAAAUAAUCCAUUCGUAGGUCCAAUAAUCAAUUACGAAGAUGACGACGAGGAUAUCGAUUCUUUAGUGAGUCAGUUUCAAGACGAAGUAAAACUGGAAACGCAAUAUGAACAAUCGAGAAAAGACAUUGAUAAGGAACUAUUGGAUCGGUACAAAUUAUUAAAAGUGGGUAUUGGCGGUGGGACUCCAAUUAAUGUCGCGAAAUUAAAUGCGAUUAGUAAAGCGAAAGAGGCUAAAGCAAAAAAAGAGAAAUCUGCCUCCGAAAAAAAUGGCGCGAAAAAUACAAAGGAUAUUAAGAAAAAUAGUAGUGACAAAAAGGUAGCGGAAUUGGGACCGCCGCCAAAACCUAUUGAUCCUAUGGAAUUUGGAUAUAGUUUGGAUGAUGACACGAAUCACCUGAGCAAAUAUGCGGAUAGCGACAUGAAAAAACACAAAUACGAGAAAUUCAAAGAGAACAAUCUCAUACGACGAUCAAGCAUUAAAGUCCAAGGUGAUAAACAAUACAAAGGGUUAUUUUUUUGA